AUGCCAAAGGAUAUAACCAACACCAAAGGCCAAAGACCACUUUCACCUGAGAAAACUUGGCAAGAUCAGACUCCUCCCCCAAAUAUGAAAAAUACCUUUGGUGUGAACCAUAGGAAACACAAAAAAAUGAAAUAUACACUCACACAUAAGAAGACAGAUAGUUUGUAUGCAGCACUCAACACCCUUAAUGCUGUCAAAAACGAAAUAGAAAGUCAACAGAACAAAGAAAUGCUGGUGUAUGGCAAAGAAGGAAUCAAAGGAUAUAUAAACCUUGGCAUGCCCCUCUGCUGUUUUCCAGAAGACAGCCACGUGGUCAUUACCUUUUCUAAAAUGAAAAAAGAACAGGAAGAAGAUAAGCAAGUGUAUCGUUGGCAGGACCAUGUGUGUACUGACUGAGUGGAAUUUUAUAUUGAUGCAGUUGGGAAGAGGAACGAAAGAAUUCUCAAGUGUAGAGAACUUCAAGAAGAGGGGAACAAACUCUGUAUGUAUGGCUUCAAGGGAGACACCAUUAAGGAAACUCUGAGGAAGGAUGGCAGGUUUUAUUCCUUUGUAGAGAGUGACCACUGGAAGCUCAUUAAAGACUUUGACACCAUCAUAGAAAACACCCAGUCAGUUGAUGAAUUGGAGGGCAAACUCUUUCAGGUGGAGCUUGAGAUAGUAAAAUGUCCCCAAGCAGCAGACCCCAUUGAUUUAGAGAAGCCAUCUUAUAGGAAAAUAAAAGAAUACAUUGUGGAUAAGUACCCCACAAUGAAGAAAGAGUGUGAAAAACUCAGAGCAUACAUCAAGGAAGAAAGUCAGAGAACUUCCUCAUUUGAAAUACAUAAAGAAAACUUCAGGAAACUGACCAAAAACCCCACCCCAGCUAAAGUGCUCAAACUUCUUUCACAGUUCAGUGACUCAGUUGGGCUCAUCAUUUGGAACAACGGGGAAAAUGAGGGCUGUGCUACCUGCUUUGUUUUUACAGGGCUGUACAUUCUCACUUGCUGGCAUGUGAUCAAUGACAUUGUGGGUGAAGGCAUAGAACAAAGUAAGUGGGCAGAUAAAAUUAGUCAAUAUGUGAAAGUCACGUUUGAUUAUGAAGAGUUCCUGGAAAAAAACUCCUUCUUUUUUGUUGAACCCUGGUUUGAGAUAUCUGAUUACAUCAUUGACUAUGCUGUCCUGAAACUGAAGGGAAAUGGACAAGAACCUGCAGGGCUGUAUAAUGGAAUAACUCCUGUACCAUCCAGUGGGUUGAUAUAUAUCAUUGGUCAUCCUGAUGUAAAACAGAAGCUUAGUGAGGGCUGUGUUGUGAUUUCUCAAGAUGAGCACAUUCAAGAAAGAAAAUCAAUGAAGGGCCUUAAUACUAUGCAAUAUAUCUAUAUAUACACCCAAAGAAGUUUCCAAGAAACAGUUCAUGAACCUGGUGUGGCUGCCUGUGACAACACUUUCUACUGUGGAUCUUCUGGAUUUCUUGUAUUUGAUUCUAAAGGGUCUCUGGUAGCCAUGCACACUGCUGGCUUCAUUUGUGAGUAUGAGAGUGGUGUUUCCAGUAUUGUAGAGUUUGGCCCUUCUAUGGAAUGCAUCCUCAGUGAUAUUCAACAAAAGCAUAAAAUAUGGUAUGAUGAGGAAUGUGUAAAUCAGCAGGAUGUAGAAAUGAAAAGUCAAGAUUAUUGAGGACUGGAGAGAAUUUAAUCUAUUUUUCCUUUUUAUAA